CCAGCUCCACCACUCCUCAGUAUUUAUCCAAAAGAAUUAAAGUCAGCAUAUAGUAAUAAAUACGAAUGUCUAUGUUUAUUAUGGCAAAAUUCACCAUUUCCAAGUUAUAGAAUUAUCCCAUGUGUCCAUCUACAAGUGACUGGAUAAAGAAAAUGUGGCACAAAUAUGCAAUGGAGUUGAAUUCCUUCAUAAAGAAGAACAAAAUUGUACCAUUUGCAGGAAAAUGGAUGGAUCUGGAGAUUAUCAUGUUAUGCAAAAUAAGUGACACUCGGACAAGUAACAGAAGGACAUCAUAAAAGCAAAAGGGUGACUAUUAGGUAGAGGAAGGGGUCUAGGAAAAGGAGGAGGGGAAGGCAAGGGGAGGUAUUGAGGAGUGCAAUUAAUCAAGUUAUGUUAUAUAAGUGUAUGAAUAAGCCACAGUGGAAUCCACUAUUCUGUACAAUUAUUAUGCAACAAUUAAAAAAAAACGAAAAAAGUGUUGAGAAACAUUGGUUUAUGCAAGAAUGUCUGUAUUUCUGCUGAGAAGUUAAAAUUAUGCCAGGUCAACCACACCCUUUCAUUCUGCCUCUCUGUGCCCAUGGACAAUGGGGCCAAAGAUAAGAUCUGAAUUUACAUGUUAGAGUUUCUCCAGCCAUUAACUGUGAAUGGUCAUAUUUGCCCUGACUUGUACAGUUAGGAUGAGAUCUCUCUUUUAAUCCCAUGGCUCUAGUCAUUUGUUCCACUCGUUUGUCACUUAGCACUUAGCAUUAGUGACCUGACAUCUUUUGUAUGUGUCUGUUUUGUCUUCAUAACUAGAUUAGAAAGUCUUUUAUGGUAGAGACCUUGUGUUCACCUGAUAGUGCACUAAUUUACUCACGCAUCUAUCAGACAGGCAUUGAGCACUGCCAGGCACAGGGAUAGAUUAAAUUUAAAAAAAAAUAGUAAGAUAUAGUCUCUGACUUUAAACAUUUCUAGCAAACAAACCAUGGCUUGGAAAAUAUAAUGACUGAGAUGUGUUUAUUUUGUACAGAAAAGUACCCUGCCCAGCGGAGAGGAGGCCAUCUUUAACCGAGGCUCAAAGGAAAAAUGAGGAAGAGUAAGUUUUCCAGUGUGAGGACACAGCAAGAAAGAGCCAUCCGUGGGGGAGCAGGUCCUCACCAGCCACAAAAUCUGCUGGCAUCUUGAUCUUGGACUUCCAGCCUCCAGAAAUCCUGAAUAGACUUAAGAGGAGGGGAGUAAGGAAGGUGGCCCUGGGAUCAAGGACAGCAGGUGGAGAGGAAGGAGGGCCCUUCUGCAGAGGAUUCGACCAUACAGAGGCCCAGGCUUUGUGCUGGAGGACAUGCUCAUUUCAUUGUCAACGGUUAGGUGGCUAUCAGUGAACCACAGCAGAAGGCCAGGUCGGAAACCAAGACACCCACCCCAACAGUUAGGCCCUCCUCCACAACCACUUCCCUUCUGUGUGUGGAUGUGGUGGGCUGGGUGGGCAAUAUAAGCUUCACCCAGCUCCCUCCACACUCCAGGGCCCCGAAAGAAAGGCCAUCCCUGAACAUUUGGCUUCUGCCUCUGGGCUCACCCGCCUUCAGUUCCAUGGGAGGCUUUGAGGGUCAUCUGUACCCAGGGCUGUCUCUGUUCCUCUAUGGACUUUACCAGGCGCAGCUCGUCUCUAGGGCCUUGAUCUGCAACUCCCGUGUCCAAUAUCCACCAUGUCGUCCUUGGGACAAAGGAAGAUGGGCAAAGCUACGGCAGAUAUAUUACAUUGGCCCGAUGAAGAUCCUAAGUGCCUUCAUUUUAGUAGCCCAAGAGUUGAACAGCGUUCAUGGACAGCUGGUUCUUAUCAGCAAGAUGUAUCACCAGAGAGACUUUAUGUACCGCAAACAGUGGCAGCACCUCACUCUCUAUUUGACCUUCUUCCUGACGGGGUGUGCAGAUAUGGUGAGCCAGAACCUGAUGCCCCAGAGGUGUGUGGCUCUGGAGCAAGGCACCCAAGCCCUGGGCAUAUUUCUGUUUCUGCCCCUGAUGGUGUCUCACAUGCAGGACACAGAAGGAGUAGAACUGCAGUUUCACAUCCUGCUCACCCAGGCCAUGUUCCUGCUAACGGUGGUAGUGACUGCAGAGCUCUGGGCUCCCAAUGCCAUGCUGAUAUGGACAAUGAAGGCCUUUUUGUACAUGAUCACAGGCUCUUGGUUGGUACAGAUAGGCUUCAUGUUGUUCAAGCCAAUCUCUGGCUAUAAAUGGAUGGAUGAUGACAGAAAUGACAUAGCGUUUGCCACCACUUUCUUCUGCUGGCAUGUGGUCUUCAAUGCCAGUUUGAUGAUCUGGAUCUAUGGCUUCUCUUUUUUGUGGUAUUGCUACAUUUUUAUUAAAGACUGAACCUGGAUGCGCCCCCUGGUGGUGCCCUGUGGCCUUCACACUCCAAGAUGUCUGGAUGAGAAGUUGUGAGAGGUGAGCGGCCAGGAAAGCAGAAUCUGGUGUCCUUCCUUCAUGGGGGUCCUACCUUGAAGCCGCAGACUCUGCUGGAAUGGACAAGCGCCCUCUCCCUUCUGGCUUCUCUCAGCCUUAUUUGAACAGUGCAUAGAGGAAAGGUGAACGGAAUAAGAGUCCUGCCACUAAGACCUCCCCUCUCAACUCCCCAAGCUUUUCCCUCCUCAGCUCCUGCUGCGGUACCUGCUUGCCCUGCACCUCUCUGUAUCGCCCACUCCCCUCCCAUGAGAACAUUAAAGAAAUUUUCUAUA